AUGCCGGAGCAGACGCCUCAUCCGCCUUCCUCUUCAUCAGCAUCUGCCUCGUCUGCCACUGUCACGACGCCCGAUCACGAUGUCGAGUCUCAGCAACAGGCCAUUUCUGCUGAAAAGGUCAGCCACUGGAGAGUGCUCCUCGAUCAGACCGGUGUUACCCAGCAAGUCCUGGAGUACAACUACGGCGGUCAAGGUACCACAGAGUCCCCAUAUCUCGUCGAAUUCAUCCCUGGCGACAAAUGGAAUCCCAUGGCCUUCAAGGACUCAUUCAAGUGGGCCAUUACUCUCAUCCAGGCCAGCGCCACCCUCUCCGUCUCAUUCGCCAGUUCUGCCUACUCAGGUGGUGUGAGGGAGAUCAUUGAGGAGUUCAACAUCUCCACAGAGAUCGCCAUUCUAGGUGUUUCCCUGUUCGUUCUAGGCUUUGCUAUUGGUCCGCUUCUCUGGGCUCCCCUCUCUGAGCUCUACGGCCGCCAAAAGACCUUCUUCAUCAGUUACAUGGCCCUGGCUGCUUUCAGUGCUGGAGCUGCUGGAAGCCAGAACAUGGCCACUCUUGUCGUUCUCCGAUUCUUUGCUGGUGCCUUUGGAUCGUCUCCCUUGACCAACGCUGGUGGUGUCAUUGCCGAUUUGUUCCAGGCCAAGCAGCGAGGAAUUGCCUUCAGUAUCUUUGCCAUGGCUCCUUUCUUGGGCCCAGCUCUUGGUCCGAUCGCCGGUGGUUUCCUUGGUGAGUCCAAGGGCUGGCGAUGGGUUGAGGGCUUGAUCGCCAUCUUCACCGGUGUUGUCUGGAUUGCCAGCUCUUUGGUCUACCCCGAGACGUAUGCUCCCGUCUUGCUCCGUCAACGCGCUGCCGCCCUGAGCAAGCGCACUGGCAAGGUUUACAUUUCCAAGCUUGAGGAGGGCCAGCCACCCAAGACCAUUGGUAGCCAAAUCAGUGUUUCCCUCUUGAGGCCCUGGCUGCUUCUGUUUAAGGAGCCUAUCGUCCUUCUCAUCUCCCUCUACAUGGCCAUCAUCUACGGUACCCUCUACAUGUGCUUCGCCGCUUUCCCCAUUGUUUUCCAGCAGGGCCGUGGCUGGAGCCCUGGUAUCGGUGGUCUCGCCUUUAUCGGUAUCGCCAUCGGCAUGACCAUUUCCACUGUUGGAUCCGUUUUUGAUAACAACCGAUACAUCAAGACUGCCGCCAAGUCCCCUGACGGAGUUGCUGCUCCCGAGGCUCGUCUGCCGCCCGCCAUUCUUGGCUCCGUCCUGAUUCCCAUUGGCUUGUUUUGGUUCGCGUGGACCAACGGCCCCAGCGUCCACUGGAUUGUCUCCAUUAUUGGUUCCAUCUUCUUCGCGAUGGGUAUUGUCUUGGUCUUCCUCUCACUGAUGAACUACCUUGUUGAUGCCUAUGUUAUUUUCGCCGCCUCGGCUCUGGCUGCCAGUUCCGUUCUCCGAUCUCUCUUUGGUGCUGCUUUCCCUCUCUUCACCACUUACAUGUAUCAAGACUUGGGUAUCCACUGGGCGAGCUCCAUUCCCGCCUUCUUGGCAUUGGCUUGCGUUCCCUUCCCCUUCCUCUUCUGGAAGUACGGCGACAAGAUCCGUGCCAGGUGCCAGUAUGCCGCUGAGGCCGCGGCUGUUCUUGCGAGAAUACGAGCCAAGAAUGUCGUCGUUACCGAGGACCAAGCCGCCGCAGAAGUCAAGGAGCACGAGCGGGAGAGGCGAGCUAGCUUGGCUCUGCAGAGAGAGCAGAGCCGUGCUAGCCGUGCUAGCCGUGCCUCGCACAAGGCUCGCGAAAACUAA